UGGCAGAUUCGUCAGAAAUGUCUAUGUGCGUUGUAUCAUAUAAGGCUCUAAAAUAUAAAUUCAGUGAUGGCAUUUAGCUGUAUAUGCCUUAACACCAUCGAUAAAUUAGUAUUGUUUUGUUGUUGAAUCGCUGAUGAAAUGGAUGGACAAAAAGCAGCUGGUUCUGUGUUUAUGUGUCGGCUGUGCAACAUCUUCUCUCCCAGUCGCUCUCAGCUGCUGGCCCAUUGCUCCCAGCUGCACCCACAGCAGGAAGCCCCUGAUGACAUCAUCGUUUCCCUGCAGCCCCUUAUAGGAGAGACUGUGGAGACACCAGCAGAGAGCCCAGUAAAGCGAAAACGAGGACGACCAAAAGGCUCUACAAAGAAGACGCGCACAGAUUUGACAGAGGACAAGGCGGACUCCUCCAGUUCUCUGAAGGAUGAUGUUCGAAGACAAGAAGAAGGGAAUAAGGAGAAGGGAGACAAACAAUGUAGCUCAUUACAAGGUGAAAGACAUAACGGUGCACUAGGGCUUGAAUGUAAAGACUGCCACCGCUCAUUCAGCAACAGACGACAGAUCCUCAAACACAUCUGCCUGAGGGAUGAUGAGGAGGAGGAGGAGGACGAAGAGGAGAAAAGGAGCGUCUCUGGUGGAGCGGGAGCUGAGAGUUCUGGGAGUUUGGAUUCUGUUGGAGUAGAUCCAAACCAAACGCAACAAAAUCCAGCAAGGGCAGGACUUGUGAGAGAAAAAGGCAGCCUCAGAUCCCCAAGAAAUAACCGAAGCCGCCGCUCCAAAGAAGGAGGCCUAGCAACAGGAAACAAGAAGUCUGUCAUCAGCGUUGUUCUGACUGAAGAUAAAACACUUCCAGGUGUUUCUAAAAUGGUUCCAGUAGAGGACAAUUCAGUGGAAGCAGAUUAUUUGGCAAUCCAAGCUCAACCUCAGGGUCAGACACAAGAUCUUGCAAGUGAAGCCCCUUCCUGUGAGGGUAACCCUAAAACAGACCAGGAGCCAAGUUCUAACCCGACCUCCACAACAACAGCACCGAGCAGAGGCUUCCAGGAAUAUUCUAUCAAGCAAGAUGCAACCAAUCUACUUCAGAGCCAGCUGAAGAUCUUUGCCUGUGAGUUCUGUAACAAAAUCUUUAAGUUCAGACACUCACUGGUCGCCCACCUGAGGACACACACCCAGGAGAAACCAUUCCAGUGUCCUCACUGUGACUACGCAUCGGCCAUCAAAGCCAAUCUGAAUGUUCACCUGAGGAAGCACACAGGAGAGAAGUUCAGCUGUCAGCACUGUCCUUUCAACUGCCUGAGCCCAGGACACCUCAAGGUGCACAUAGAGCGGGUCCAUUUGAAGGUGAAGCAGCACUGCAGCUUUUGUGAGAAAAAAUACUCAGAUUUGAAGAACUUGCUGAAACACAUGGAGAAACGACACAACCUGAAUGAUGCUGCUGUCUACCAGAGCUACCAAAUACUCAGGUUGAAGACCCGUCAGGGCCUCAGGCAGCUCCUCUACCACUGUCCCACCUGUAACCGACGCUUUAAGAACCAGCUGGAGCGAGAGCGCCACCUGUUGGUCCACGGGCCCCAGCGUCCCUUUGCCUGCCUCCUCUGUGACCACGCUGCAACCAAGAUGGCCAACCUCGCCGCUCAUGUCAGGAAACACCUCUUCUUAUAUGUGUGCUGCGUGUGCGAUGGGAAGUUUGUCAGCUCCCAGAGACUGAAGAGUCACCUGAAAGAAUCUCACCUGGAGCUGGACCAGGGACAGGCCUUCACCGACUGCAUCAACAACAGCUACUACCUGAUACAGCCUGGGGGAGGCAUGUGGGGGGAGGAGGAGCAGGACGAUGUAGAGAAGGAAGAGCUAAGGAUAGAGCAGGAGGGGGAAGAUGAGGGCACAAGAGAUGAGAGUAGAGGAAAUGGUGAAGGAGAGGGGGAGUUGGGAGAUGGCGAAGGGGGGCAGCCAAAAGUAGCAGCGAGCAUAGAUGUGGAGCAAGAGAAAGAGGAAGAAGAAGAUAAAUCUCAGAGUGAAACCACAGAAGAAGUGCAGGGUACGGAAAGAAAAAUAAAUGCACAGCAAAGUUCCAAAGAACAGCUUCAUUCAGACAUUUCUUCAGAAACUCCCAUUGACAGACAGGAGGAAGAAACAGCUGGGCAGAAAUCACAGGACAACUCUGAGGAGGCGUGCUCACCUAACACCCCUCUCUUAAAGGAAAGUACGCAAGGAAACUCACACUCAGCUGAGGAGAACACACACACAACUGUGUCAUCACCGGCCGCAGGGGGAGAUGAACUAACUCCACUUUCAGAAAGGGUGUCGGAGGUUUUCCAUCAGAAUGCGUUCGAGCAGGUGUUCUCAUCUCUUCCGAAGACUCGGCUCAAUAUGGAGUCUUUCCAACGGCUCAGGAAAAUGUAUGGGGACCUGGAAUGUCAAUACUGUGGUAAACUGUUCUGGUACAAAGUCCACUAUAACAUUCAUGUGCGCACACACACCAAGGAGCACUCGCAUUACUGUUCAAAGUGCAGCUACUCGUCCAUCACCAAAAGCUCUUUGAAGCGGCACCAGAUCCAGAAGCACAGCGGCGUGCUGCUGCCCUGUUCCAACCCCGGCUGUAAAUACACCACACCUGACAAAUACAAACUCCAGGCCCAUUUGAGGACCCACCAGGAACAGGGAAAGAGUGCAGCAUGUCCCGUCUGCAACAACAGCUAUCCAGAGCACAGACUGAAGCACCACAUCAAAACAUCCCACCCCGAUGCACUGCCUGUGCAGGGUAAAGGACUGAUGGUGCAGCGUGCAGAGAAGUGCCCCUACUGUGAAUCCUACUUCCUGAAGAACAGCAGUGACUUCCAGCGGCACAUCUGGGCCCAUCAAGGUGUGAAGCCGUAUGUGUGCGGUGUGUGUGACUAUGCGGGCCGCAGCAGGAGUAACCUGAAGACUCACAUGAACCGACACAACACAGAGAAACGUCACCUCUGUGAUCUGUGCGGGAAAAAGUUCAAAUCUAAAGUCACGCUCAAAAGCCACAGACUGAGCCACACCAAUGAAGGGAAGCGUUUUCAAUGUUCAGAGUGUGACUUCACCUCGGCCUCCAACCCGUCCUUGCUCAGACACAUGGAGCAACACGCUGAGUUUAAGCCAUUUCGCUGUGCACACUGCCACUACUCCUGUAACAUUGCGGGUCCCCUGAAGCGACACUACAAGAUAAAACACCCGGAUCAGAAAUAUCAGAAUGCCGGACCUGGACUGCCUAACCCCGAUGCUCUGAAACAGCAAGGGGGUAUGAAGUGUCCUGAAUGUGAAUUUGUUUAUGGCACCAAGUGGGAGCUGAAUCGACACCUGAAGAGCAAACACAGCCUGAAAGUGGUGGAAGGCACCUGGGAGGUUGGGGAGACAGUGGAGGCUCAGUAUGUGUCUGUGGAGGAUGAAGAGCAGCUGACAGAAGUACCUGAAGAAUCCCUACAUGACAACGUUAAUAUCCAGCAGAUCACUGAAUACAGUUCAGAGACUCACGAUGCCGUCACCUCCAUGGUUGCCAUGGCGCCAGGCACUGUUACCGUCGUACAACAGUUGCAGGUGAAUGAUGAGCAGGAAGUGGGGGACUGCAGAAACCAGCUGAUGGUGGUGAAUGCAGAUGGGGGUCUAACAGGAGACCAGGUGAUGGUGGUAGAGGACGCAAAUGGCCUGGAGGCUCUGACAGUCCUCACUCAGGGAGAAAACACUCACCACUACAUCGUCUACGUCCAGGAACACACUGUAGAAAUCAACUAGGGAUGCUAACAUUUCAUCAUCUGUUGAUCCAUCAGUGUUGAAAAAGUGAAGUUACAGAAAAUGUACCAGUAAGCAAAUACAAUAUGGAUUUUUAUCAUGAUUAAGAUCAUUUCAGUUUUAUUUGUACAAAUGAAAACUAUAAGUACAAUAAUUGUUUGUAUUAUUAUGUGACAUAUUUUGUAUUUACAAAGUAUAUUUAAAUAAAA